AUGGACGGCAUUGCAUCAGCCGUGGUACUUCCAGCCCAGGAUGUCGAUUCUCCACCACCCACAGCACCCUCUCCUACUGGGACCAAGAGGCGACACUCAUCCAUAUCCGAGCAAGAUGCAAAGCGAGCGCGACUGAAUGGCAAUGACUCGCCUACCCACCGACGGGAAUCCGUUGGCAGUACUAAGGCUGCAGCACCACCCAAAGGCAGAGAACGCGGUCGUGAGAGGCGACUCUUCGGUGCAGCUCUUGGUGCACUCUCACAGAAUUCUGCUACCGCAGGACAGAAACGCCGAAUCGAGAUAGAGAAGCGACAACGUGCCCAACGCAAGCAGGAGGAGGAAGAGAGCGAGCAGAGGAAGCAGGAGCGCCAGACCAAGCGCAAAGCGCAGCGCUGGAGAGAGCACAGGCACUUUGAGAAAGACUCGCUACGUAUACGACACGACAAUCUGCUUGCCAUGGCGCACUUCCUCCAGACUAGAACUGAGCCACGACUGUAUUACAAACCCUGGGAGACUACCACCGAAGAAGAUGACCGCAUACGCGAUCAGUUUGCCGAAGCACACGACAUCAUUCGUCGAGAACGCGAGGACUUCGAGGCUGCCCAACGGCGGUACGCCGAACGCGCGCAGGAUGCGAGUGGCGAUGUACUUCUGGUCGACGAUGCAGAGGACAUCCAUACUGGUAAGGGAUAUAAUGCAACGACGCCCCCAAAGCCAGCCGCAGCCAAUGGUCCCCCUACUAACGGCAGCGAUUUGUCGUCCAAAACCCCGGAACGUAACGACGAUCAUGCACGAACCCGUGCAGACGCGUUGACCUCUGUUGAGCAAAGUUCGACUGCGGGCCAUGAAAGGAUGACUGACGAUACAGGCAAGGAAGCUGUGGACGAUCACGGAGAAGAAGUCGUUGAAGCCGCGGAAGACACAGUCAUGUACUAA